AUGGUGGGAAAAGUUUUGUGCUUAAAAUGUAUUGCUUUGAUUGCAGGAGAUGGGCGUGGUAUGGGUACUGGCUUUAAUCAAGCACUAUAUUUAACGGAAAGUGGACUAACACUGAAUAUGAAUAUAGCGUUUACAUGUUUUUAUUUACCAUUGAAUUUUGUUGAAUUUGCUUCAAAAUAUCUUCGAAAAGAUAUAACAGUAGGUUUGAAUGAUUAUGAACUCAGAGCUUUGAGAUUCAUUGCGAAAGAUUUGUUAAUUGAAACGUUCCAUACCGGUCGAAAUAUACGUUAUCGAAUUCGAGAAUUUGGUCGUCCAGCAUCUAAAAUUAAAUUUAACGUUGGCAAUGAUGAUGAAAGUGGUACACUAGGCGAAGAAAUGACAGUUGCUGACUAUUUUGCUAAAAAAUAUAAAAGAAAAUUAAAAUAUCCAGAUUUACCAUGUAUCAAUGGAAUGGUCGGCUCAAGAAACCAAGCGAAUUGGUUACCAAUGGAGAUAGUUAAACUCGUGGAAUGGCAACGAUGUUUCAGACCAUUAGAUAAUGUUCAACGAAAACUUGUUACAACAAUGUCGAGUGUUGGACCCGAUGCGAGAUACCAACAAAUAAUGCGUUAUGUUCAUGACCGUCAGUUUCAAUCAGAUCCAUAUUUAAAAGAUUUAAAUAUUGUUGUUGAUACAGAAGAAAUGAUGGAAAUCAACGCUCGUAUUUUACCACCGCCCGAAGUAAUAUAUCGCACACAGCAACAAGAGGACAUUGUGGAACAUGUCAGUAUCAGUAAAUGGACGAUUUGUAACCACUUUUAUACAGUACCCGAUAUUCAAAAAUGGGCAGUCUUGUAUUUUGCUGAUGAAAAGCCAAAUGAAGUCGUGAUUAAUGUUUUAAACGAGUUUUUAUAUGAGUUAACAAAAGUUCUCACUCGUUUUGGUAUACAAUUGCAUAAUAAACCAUACCAAGCCUCAAAACCAGCAACACGAACAGAAAUUGAAAAAGAACUGCGACGGGCAAGUGAACAAAAGUGGCAACUGACAUUGAUUAUUUUAAAUGAUACAAAAGAAGAAGUCUAUGAGUAUGUAAAACAAUUAGGCAAUCAACGCUUGGGCGUUGUAACACAGUGUGCAUCAUUCUCGGCAAUUCAAGGACAUUCGGGUAAACUGAGAAUGUACGUUGAGAAUUUAUCACAGAAAAUUAAUGGAAAAUUGGGUUGCAUCAAUGGUGUUGUUAAGUUAAAAUCAACGUUACAAUGUCCACAAAAAGAAGACUUAUUUAUGUUUAUGGGAGCUGAUGUAACGCAUACAACGUGUUCGAGAGAAAAACCAUCAAUUGCUGCUGUUGUUGCUAGUCGUGAUACGACUGGCUCAUUGUAUGCUGCUCGGUUAUGUGAACAAUAUCCGAAUCUUAGUCUACGUUCACUAGAAAUUAUUAAAGAAUUGGAAAAAAUGGUGGUUGAUUUAUUGUGUGUUUUUCAAAGUUCAUGUAAUAAUCGAUUACCAACGAAAAUUGUGUUUUAUCGUGAUGGUGUUGACGAUGGACAAUUUCAAAAAGUGUUGGAUAAUGAAGUAAAAAGCAUAAAGGAUGCGUGUAAAAUUGUUUAUGGUCAGAUACCAACACCAAAAUUAACAUUUAUUGUUGUUAAAAAACGACAUAACACACGUUUUUUUAUUUAUAAGGAUAAACAAACAAAAAAUGUUCAGGCUGGUACAGUUAUUGAUACAGAAAUAACACAUCCCAGUCAAUUUAAUUUUUAUCUCAAUUCACAUGCGGCAAUUAAGGGAACGUCGAGACCAGCACUGUAUCAUGUGCUGCAUGAUGAAAUCGGUUUUACGUCUGAUGAAAUUCAACAACUUACUUUUUGGUUAUGUCAUACUGAUGCUCGCUGUUCAAAAUCUGUUAGUAUUCCUACACCAGUACAUUAUGCACAUUUGGCUGCAAAACAAAGUCGAGCAUUCGACUUUGAAGAUGACUCCAAUACUGAUGACUUUGAAUAUAAGUCAAGCACAGCUCCUUCUCUGACUAUGAAUGAUCUUAACCCACAAAUACAAUCAUCAUCAGUCCGCACUGGACAAAAGAAAAAAGGUUUAUCAAGAUUAGCACUGGCGCGUAUUCGUGAAGCUGUACAACAAUUUAAAGAUACGAAGACAAUGCCGGACAGCCAUCACUGGAAGUGA